AUGGAUACGGAGUUUUCAGACGGAGAGGAGAGCUCUCUUACUUCCCUCUCCGAUUACGAGCCCUCGUCCGAGGAUGAAGAGGAUAACGUGUACGUGCCUACCUCUAGACGCGGCUCUGCAGCCAAUGCCACCGGCGCCGGGAAGAAAGCGGGUAAAGGGCAGAAGGGGGACUACGUGAUCACGAACGCGUUGAGGCCACCCAGGACGACGCAGUAUACCGCGAAAUCGUUGUACGAUCAAAUCGUUGACGGAUCAAUCGAUCUCGACCCGGAGUAUCAAAGAGAUGUUGUCUGGACUGAAACGAAGCAAUCGGGCCUCAUUGACUCCAUAUUGCGGCAUUACUACAUCCCACCCAUCAUCUUCGCUGUCAUUUCGCACGAUGACGGAACAGAACAGCGUGUAUGUAUUGAUGGCAAGCAACGCUUGACGUCGAUUCAGAGGUUCAUGGACGGGUUGAUUCCUCAUAAAGAUUCCUUCACGAACGAGCGGUUAUACUACAAGCAGACGCCGGGGUGCAAGCAAAAGCGAAGACUCCUAUCGAGAGCAUACAUCAACCGCUUUGGUAACGAACAGAUAUCUUGCGUCGAGUAUGACGGCCUUAAUGAGGACCAGGAACGAGAAAUAUUCCAGAGAGUGCAACUUGGUGUAGCGCUGACCCCUGCAGAACGCAUGCAAGCGCUGAACGGCCCGUUCUCUUCUUACAUUCGUAACUUACAGCGUGCUGUACUCGGUCCGGCCCCGCAAGGAUUCGGGAGCACCCUCGACUGGAGGACGGAGAGAGGGAGGGACUUCCAGUGCAUGCUGACGACAGUAUAUUUCGUGGAGCAGUACCCGUCAUUCUCGCGAUUCCCGCAUACAGACGUGUUGGUGAAGUAUAUGGAAAAGCCAGGCAUAGGGAAGGAAAUCGAAGGGAAGGUGCGCGAUAUGUUUGACGUGUAUAUCAAGCUUGCCGCCACCAGCGAAUGCAAUAUUAUCUUCCGUCGCCCUGCGCGCUUGAGCCCGAUCGAGUUCGUCAUGGUCGGCGUGCUCAUCCACGGAUGGAUAGAGGCGAAGAUGCCUUCUCGCAAUACGAAGAAGAAUAAAGACGGAAGCUGGAUGGACGCGCUUGAUCUCAAGGCGCUCACAGCGGCCAUCCGCAGCAUGCGGAAGAACGUGCGCGAGGAGCAUGAAGACGUGCGAGGGAACGCGAAGGUUGCGAGGACGAUGCAGGCGUUCAUUCGGAAGACGGCUGCGGAGCUGAAAGGCGCAAAAGGUGAUGCUGCCGUGGGCCAAUUGGCUCAGGUGAAGAAACGGAAAAGAAUAGUGGAAAGCGACGACGACGGGGAUGAACAGUCUUUGAAGACCACUGCCGCGAAGAAAGGCGCGAGCAGGGGUAAAGGGCAGGCGAAGAGUGACGGGACCGGCUGGGGGCAAGCAUCCACCACUAAAUCACCUCUGACACUGAAGAUUCCGAAGAAUAAGAACGCAAGCGGUGCAGUGACCUCCGGUGUAUCAGCUACACCUGGUCCCUCAAAGAAGGUUAACAAUACGGUAUCGACUGCAUCAACGUCUGCGAGCGUGACAGUUGUCAGAAGAUCAAAGAAGGCUGGCGGGGAGCAAGGCAAUGCUCUGACGAAUGCAUCGAAUACAAAGGGUUCGCAAGACACCGAUGCUGAGAGCACGCAAUCAGGUUCUUCACGGGUCAAGCGGACAUCUAGGUUUGGACCGAAGCCUGGAGGUGAACGAUCCUCGAGCGCAAUGGCUUCACCUGUUAUUCCCUCUCAGACCGCAAGUCAGCCCGCGGCGCAACCACCUGGACCGAAAUCGGAACUUCGGAGAGUUGCUUCAGCAAAUGCUGCCAGUACGAUGUCGCGAGCAAAAGAACCAGUGCGACAAUCUAGUGUUGCAUCAUCUAUCGAUACACCCCUAUCUUCGCGAUCUACUACGAUCGACCAUUCAGCGGGCAUUCACAGGAUCAAGCCAGAGGCAGCAUCCCCGCCAGUGCAAUUCGCGUCUCCGAUGAUGCCACCCCCGCAGCCUCCCAACGAGGCAUCGCCGUUGCCGGCGGCCUGCCCAUCUCCAGCAUUCAGCACACCAACGACGAGCAACUAUUCACCGAAUAUCCCCGUCAAGCGUGAGCAUGAACCUUCGGUGCCAUUUAGCUCUUCCAUACCGAGUGGCACAGGCCCUUUGGAUCGGCUAGAGCCUAUAAGACGAGCUAGGGCUGCUCCCAGACCGCUCACGCCUGCUGAUGCCGGCCCCGAAACAGGGCAAGUCCAGGUGGCUCCUGCUGCGAUGCAGGCUACGCGGGAUCCGAGGAGACGAUCACCGCAGAAUAUGCAAAUUGAUAUGGCACAACUGCAUUCGAUUCAACAGCAGUUAUUACAGCAGGGAUCACCUGCGUGCCCGCCACCUCCGCCGAUCCUGAAUACGAUUGGAAGUGCUAUUGCACCGCUGUCGGAGGUCGAGAAGGUCGAGAAGAUUCUUCUCCAGGCAGGGGUCAAGCUUGAGCCAUCUCAGUUCGCGACUCUUAUGCAAGGGCCUUGUAUCAACUCCCCUGUGCCGCCGUGUGCUUCGCAGCCUCAGAUACCCGUCUUCAGAACCACUCCUGGCAGUCAAGCACCACUGACGGGUAACACUCCGAUAACCACGCCAUCGCUUAGCCCCGACGUCCCAUGUCCCCCUAAGUCAGAGAAUCCGGUGUCGAACGCUCAAUCGGGUUACGGAGUCCGUGCAUCAUCGGAGACUGGUAUACCUAUUCCCAUGUCUUGUCUCGACGGUGACGCACAGCAGGCGCAUGCACGUCGGCCGUGUUCUCCACCGCGCGAGCCCAGGGCGCUGCGAGCCUCUGAUCGUAUGCCAUCGCAGUUGUCUCGCUCGGGAUCCUAUUCUCGACACGCACAAUCGGCGUCUUCUGUUGCUUCGCACGAUGAGGAUCGUGACCGGGAGCGCAGGAGGGCAUCAUGGGAUGACAGGUAUAGUCGGGGCCGCAAGAGUUCGGACAAGUAUGACUAUGACUAUGAGUACAAGAGGGAUCGGGAAAGAGAUAGAGAUAGGCCAAGAGAUGAUAGGCCACGAGAUAAGUACGACUCCCGGUAUAGGGGGAGGGAGAGGUCACGAUCCAGGUCCCGGGAGCGGGAGCGAGAUAGAGAUCGCUACGACCGCAGGAAGGAUCAUGAUCGUCGAGAGAGCGACAGGGGGUGGAGUAGAAGAAGAUCGAGAAGUCCCAGCAGCAAAAUCCCGACCUGAAGGUACAGUUCAUGCCGAUGGAGAACCAUGUCAAUGCGAGGCCCUCUGGCCUCUGCUGCUUUGGGGAUGCGUCUUCGAGGACGCGCGUGUCUGUCUACCAUCGCUUACGCUUACACAGCGUCCUUCACCUUAUAAUCACAUACGCUUCCCUUAAUGGUCUCUAUGAGCACCAUCAUGUUACAUACGCGCCUUUAUGAUUUAUGGUAUAUACGUUAUGUCAAAC